CUCAAGUUUGAUAAUUAAUUACUUUUGAAACUGCUUUGGGUUGAAGGCUAAUGUUAUUGCAGGUUUUGACCUGCCUAAAGUAUAAUGUUAGAUUGAAUAACAACACAUUCUAUUAUUCUAAGGGAGAUGUUUGCAUGUGUUACAGAAAGCACGUAUUCAGAGUUUUAAAGUUCUUACUGGUUGUAUAGGUUAAAUUCUCCUAAAAAACAACCCCUUGCUCAAAAUAUUUGAUACCAUUUUUAGAGAAAACAAAGAUGACUGAAGACCCUCUUUCUACCUUGUGUGUCAGGCGUUUAACAAGAUUGUUAGAACUUAGUAGUUUGGAGGACUUACGGGUCCUUGGAGACUGUGCAUAUGUUGCACAAAAUGUUGAGCUAGAAGAGCAAUCACUAAAGGUUUUUGGAAGUUAUAAAGCUGGAAAGCAGAACCAUAGAAGUACAAGUCACAGUCAAGUUAAAAAAUUGUUCAAGUUUUUAUCAAGAAAAGAAACACCACAUGUCUUUGGACAAAUGAUAUCUGAAAGUACUGUUGAAUUUGUUAUCCAGCUGAUUAAUCAUUUGAAAUUACAUGCUGGAACAGAGGGACUAUUUCGUAUUUCUGGAAAUAAAAAACGACAGGAAGAAUUAAAACACAUUCUCAAUAAAGGUGGUAAGCUUAACUUGAAUUGUGACGACUCAACAUACAAUCCACAUGACAUCUCUGGUAUCUUAAAACAAUUUUUUGGUGCACUACCUGAACCACUGCUUACGAAACAAUUGUAUGACUGUUACCAGCAACUUGCAGGUAAACUCAAAGAAAUGGAUAACGUUUCUGCGAAAAACCGGAAGAUAGAGACAUUGAAGUUUUUGUUUCUUUUGCUACCUCCUUUGAGUCGAUUGUUAUUAAAGGAGCUUAUUGAACUUCUUUCUGUUGUUGCUGAGCAUACUUCAAAUAAAAUGACAUCUUACAAUCUGGGGGUUGUUUUUGCACCAAAUAUUGUUUACACUAGACAGCCAAUGGAUAGCUUAUCAGAAUUUACCGAAAAUGUUGAACCUUUUACCGACUUGGUAAGAUUUGUGAUAGAGAAUGCAAAAGAAGUUUUUCAGAUACCUCCUGAUUUUUUUGAAGAAGCGAAAGAAUAUUUAUUCAAAAUUGCAUUGGACAAGGAGAAGAGCGCUGAAGUUCCUAUGAAGAAGACGUUUUGUCAACAAAUCGACAGUAAAGAGUUUCGUCGUGAAGCCAAAGAUCAUACCAACGAAGCUUUGAUGAUGUUGUAUACACAGAUGAUGGAGAUGCCAGAUGGACCUGUCAAAAAUGAAUUUAUCAAAAAAUUUCAACAAAGUUAUCCAGGAACACCACUGUUUGUACCAAAAUCAGUCAAGAAAGAACUUGAAGAAGAUCGAAAUCACCUUUGUCCGUCGACGCCAAUUCCGUCUUCAAAAUCAGAAGAGGCGUCAAACUCACGGAAGUGUCCGUCCACGCCCAAGAUGUCAAAAUCACGCCAAAAUAAUGGAGAGUUUCUCAACACUCCGGAGUGUUCUCGUAAAACUUUUACCACGCCUCCAAAAAACAAUGAUUGCGUUGAGAUAUCUGGCAGCAGUAGUAAUGUGACGAAUACACCAAGUACUCCCGGUGCUAGAAUGAAGCAAUGUCUCAAAAGACUUCGUAGGCGAAGUGUUGAAAUCUUUAAACCGAAACAAGCGAAACCUAGCACACCAGACGCUAGACUUAGUCGUAAAAACAGCAGUAGUUCCUUACAAAGAGGACACAACGCUUUUCGUAGUUAUCGCCUCCCGGGUGGAAAAGCUUUAAAGGCUUUGAAAAAAUCGGUUAGCACGCCAGGUUUGUCGAGUAUACAACGUCGUACUUCCUUUGACGGAGAUGAUGAUAAUGUUAGAAAGUUGUCCUUUACAGGCGAAAGUCCGUUGCGAUGUGACUCGAAGGACUUCAAAAAGGAUUUAAAUCAAUUACGACAUAAAGAUCGUCCAAUAAGUUUCACAUUUGGAGAAGCGAAAAGUUCGGGAAUUGUUAAUUUUGCGUUUAACGAUACACCUAAGAAAACUACUCCUGUGAUAAAAAAGACAUUAUAUCCAAGUGUUCGGAAGAAGAGCGAAGAAAUGAACUUCGUUGUAACUCCACAUCGGAGUACAUUCCUGAAGUCAAAAUUUGAUAUGAAGUCGGAAAGUCGAGCUAUGCCUGUCAUUGGAAAACCAUUCAAUUUAAAACAUUGCAAUAUAACCAAGCAGUCUGUGUCCAAGAAGGUUAUUGAUAAUGACUUAAAACAACCAUUGAGUGAUAUUACUAAUAAUCUUGAUAAAAUGAUGUGUUUGUCUGUUAAAGACAGCAAUAGCACGAGCCUUGAUAAGGUUUUUGGUGACAAUGUCGGGCGAAAAGAACAAAGUGCUAACGAAUCAACGAAAAAGCCAUUAAAACCAGUUUCGUAUAAAAUAUGAGAAAGCGCUAGUUGUUCGGUAUGUCCGUCAAGUUGUCUUACGUUGCACUCAAAGGAAGGAAAAAGAAGCAGUCCGUAGCCGGAGUUAAUAUUAUCCACGUUUUUAUGUUUGCUGUGAUAGUUACAUAUAUCUCUAAUUCCACGGCUUGUAAUAUAUUUAUACGUACUCACAAUGAAUUGUUUAUGCGACCAGACAGGAUUUACGCCGGACAUCUUACAUUUUUGACCAGACCGGACUUUUUUUUUUAUUCAUCCUAUUGAGAGUAGAAUUAACAUUUAUUGCAAAUAAAACCAAAUGCUUCAAAUUUUAUUAAAAAAAGUAUUAGCUAGUUACCUCAAAAAUUCGAACUGAAAUAUGUACCAUUUAUUUUGAACAAUUUUUGUCGUCGUAUAAGUCGUCCUACUUUUAAGAGAUGUUAACAUAGAACAACAUAACAAGCUUCGUUGAAGAAGUGUUGUCUUAUAUUAAAGCAACUUUAACCUUCACAGGCGAGUCCGCAAAGUAUUUAUAUUUUAUAUUGAACGAUUACACACGUGAUAAUAAAUUGUAAAUCACGUCAAACGUCAGUUGAAUCACGUGAUGUUUUUUUAUGCGUCAUUUUGCUAAACUUGCAAAGGUUUGCACAUUUUUAUCCUAAAUAAGGUGGUUCCAUAUAAACGAUAAGCUUUAAGUUCACAACCCGUUUACUGUUUUUGUUUCGUCUUUAUGUCGGAAAUGAAGUCUUGCAAAAACACGGUUUAUGACAUGAUUUUUUGCUCGAUGUACGGUUUAAUACUUGAAAAUAUGUGUUAUGUUUUUUUUAUGUAAUUAUCAAUAUUUUUGUAUAUAUAAGUACGCGAAUUAAAAAGAUUUAAAAAAAUAUUUCUCA